AACCUAUCCUCAAUUUCAAGUUGUUUAAUUUAAAGAACAACAAUUCGUUGAGAGUAAGUUGAUUUGUAACCAUUAGAAAUUAUGUCUGAAAACGAAAACGCUACGGUUUUGCCGGAAAACAUCAAACGGUGUUUCCAAUCAUCUAAAUACUUGCAUCUUGCUACCUGCUACAAGGACCAGCCUCAUGUUGCUUUAAUGAACUUUACCUAUGUCCCCAGUGGAGAGGGAAAACCAUUUGAGAAUGACGAUGUUAUUAUUUUAACGAUGGAUGAAAACAGUAAGAAGUACAGCAAUAUCAUGAACAACCCCCAGGUUUCUGUUCUCGUACACGACUGGUCUGCACAUCGUAGACCAUUUGAACAGCAGGAUGUCUCUUCACUGUGUGCACUUUUGUACGACUUGAACCAACAAGAGAUUUCACACACUUCAGUGACCCUCAAUGGUUUGGCAGUUAUUCUUCCCGAAGGCAGUAAGGAAGAAGAAUUCUUCCGUGAAAAGCACUUGCAAAGCAAUUCUGAGAGCAACACGAAACAAUACGUUGUUCCGAGAAACUAUCGAGUUGUAAAAAUUCACUUGAAAUCUGCCCGCGUGUGUGACCAACGUGUUAAGGGAGUUGAAAAAUGGAGCGCAAACGGUACCGUUACUCCUUACUAAGGAACUGUUGAGUGAUGGAAAAGAUACUAAAGAGGGUUUUUAUGGAGGUGGUUUAGAGCAAUAAAAAGAGUUCAUACUUUAUUCGUCCUCCGUGUCAGCAUCGUCCGUCUCCGAAUCACCGCGUCCAUCCCAGUCGCUACCUUGUUCAUCUUCCCCUUCAUUUAAAUUUAGGGGAAGAAUCUUGAAGUCUACAAAGCUGCUUAGUCCUUGUGGGCUAAGCAACAUGAGCUGUAAGUUCAACAGCCCAUUUUCAUCAAUUUGAAUGCUAGCCUUUGAGCUUGCCUGAAGUGCUUUGAGAGCAUGUCGAACGAGAGAAAACCGGUAUGCGUGCACGUAUUCCGACAUGGUCUUAAAAGACUCGAGCACAUUUCUUGCGCUUGGAUAUUCAACUUCAGUUGAGGAAAUGGAACCGAUUGACCGCAGUGCAAACGUCGACUUUUCGGGAAGUGUCUUUAUAAGCAGACUGUCACUUAAGUUAUUGUCAAGCUCAAGUAAUGCAUCAUACAACCACUUGCUUUUCAUGAUCACCUUCACCGUUGUCCGUGAGGCAAUGAACUCGGUCUUCAUAGCGUCGUUUUCUUCCAUUGUGUUUAGUUCGCAAGUUGUCUUGUAUCCUGUAGCAUCUUCAAUGCUGUUGAAUGCGUCAGCAACUCUUCUUACAAAACAUGUGUGCUUACAUCCAAUCAAACGUGUCGCCUUUUCCGUGGUAUCUGAUGAUGCAUCGUGUUCCAUGACGCUUCAUGAAACCCGUAGGAUUUGGCUGGUCCCACUGCAUGCUUGACAUUCGAUCUUUGCUUUCUGCAUAUAUGGAAAGACAAUGUAGCAAGGGUUGAAGCUGUAUUUUAAAUGCAUAAACCGCUUCGUCUUCGUCCCCGGAGAUGUUUCCUACUUUAAAGUCCGUAAAUAAGGGCUUCUGUAAAUAUAUAUGAGCUGUACAGUUUUAGCAAUAUGAAUCACAAAUAAAAGGCCAUCAUGAAGUCUUAAUAAACAUUUCCAGCACGUACCAUCAAGCGAUUGAGAUUCAUCAACUCCGA